UCUUCCCAACUCCAUCAGGAACAGCUUAGAAACCGGAGAAUCAACGAUGGUAACGACGAAAUACAUGAAGGCAGCAGAGAAAGCGGAGAAGGCGAAUCAGGCGGGAGACGAUGGGGUCGAUGGGGCUGUGGAGGAUCUGACCGGCAUUGAGGAACUGAGGAGAGACCUGGAGGCGCAGGCGAGGAGGCAGGCGCGGGUGGAGGAGGAGUUGUGAGAGUUGCAGGAGAGGGCUAGGGAGCACAACCGCACCAUCGAGGCCUUGACGGCAGCGGUGGAAGCCCUGGUGGGACAGGUGAGCGGCCUGACGGAGGCCUGGAGGAAGGGCGGGAAUGGAGUUGGUGGAGGCGACCAGCCGCCGGAAGGGAAGAGCGCCGCCGUGGUGGUGGAGCUCGGCGGACAGGGGGACCGCGCGGCUUCCGGAGGCCAAGGGGGCGGGCGGUUCAGGCGAGACGGGAGGGGCGGCGGGCAACCCUAGCCGACCUACCGGGUCGCGUACGGGCCAAGUCACCUUCGGGCCACCGGUCAAGGAUGGGCUACUACCGACACCAUCGGCCCAGGAGAGGGCGCGCGUGCGAGGCAAGGCCAAGAUGGCCGAGUACGUGGAACCGGAUCUGCAGGCGGGCUUGGAUGAAGAAGAAUUGAUGGGCUUGGAGCAGGAGUAUGAUCACGAGCCGUGGCCCAAUGAGUUGAAUGGGCCCGGGGAGGACUAUAGCAGGGAUGAAGGAAGCCAUAUGGGCCGAGCUGGGAUGGAAGGUGGACCAGUUGGGAAGCGGCGAGAAACAGGCCGCGGCUGGGAGGUGGGUCGGCCGAGCUUCAUGGGCCGGGGACCCGCGGGCCGGGCCGAGCAUGCGGGCAGAGUUGGGUCGAGCAGGGGCCCAAGCGGUCGGGUCGAACCCGGUCGGACCGAACCCGGUCGGACCGAACCCGUUCGAACCAGGGCCGAACCAGGGCAGCAGCUGGCGCGCACAGGGGGAACGGGCAGCAGGGGCUUUCCGGCUCGCCAAGGUCAGUUUGAUGAGACUAGUGGCAAUCAACCUCCGUUUGUGAAUCAGCAAGGCACUGGUAGGGAAUUCAUGGGAUCAGGAACAGGUGAUCAGAGGCAGAGAAAUGAGAUGGGCCGAGGAAGGGGGCAUCAAGAGGAGGAGGAAGGUGAGUGGGAGUAUGAAGGGGGACCUCGAUUUCCGCAGUAUUGUCAUGGUGAGGCACCGGGAUAUGGGAGGCACGCCGGUUAUUACCGCGGGGGUGAGGCAGAAGAUGAAAUGGUGUUCCGAGCUAAGCCUCCUACCAUUGAGUUCCCAAAAUUCAAUGGCAGGGAAGAUGCAGGUCUGUGGAUAUACUCCACAGAACGGUGGUUCAAGAACCAUCCCACUAGA